CGAGAAAUUAUUAUUCUCAUUUCGUUUAUUCAAUUUACAUACACCGGUAUCGGUACGUUUCCUAUAAUAAUACGGAACGUCAUGUUUGAAAUGUAGCAAUUAAUUGCCAUUGACAAUUCGAAAUGUCUUAUAGCUGACCCGUACGUAUGCUUUACACCUACGCCUCGUGCGCGGGCGUCGCGACGGAGGCGUCGUACUACGUAGUUUUGCUCUUGCGAUGACCUUGGAAACUCCUACGCUCCUUUCAGCGCCGGGUAGCUCUGGUGGGGAUAUUCGUUCAUCGACGUCCCACCCACUCACGCCGGGGUAACUUCCGCCCCUCCGAAUCACGAUAUUCGCUACACAUCGAUGCCAGGAGAAUCUAGGAUGUACUCGUUAAUGUAUUCAUGGAGGAUUGACCGCUCCUGUGUGACUCAAUGCAACACCUGUUCCUCUCUCGGGGGAUGAAAUCCGACUUGUCCGAUCGACCCUGGCUGGCGGCUGAAGGUCGUCGUCGUCGUUGGAGGGUAGAAGAGCGGGAGGCGAGGGAGCGAGAAAGGGAGGGUUUGGAUGCCGCAGUGCUCCCGCGAGCGCGAGCAAAUAAAAGUCCAAGCCCGGCAUUGAGCGGGUGCCUCCAUUCAUGGAUUCCGGGCGCAGGCGCCUCGUCGCGAAACCGCAUGGCGUUGCCCGGGGAAGGGGUUCGCGAGAGAAGUCACCUACGCUGUGCUCCCCCGGCAUCGCGAUACGUGGGCGACGCGGGUGAUUCAGAGGUAGAGCGAGCCGGAGUAAGGGCGGACCAGUUCUGUUCCUCUCGCGCGCCGGCUCGACUCGCCGCGAGAGACCCGGCUUCGACAGAGGGUGACUCUGACAUAAAAGAGAGAAAGGAAGGAAGGGAAGACCAAAAUUCGAGGACCGUUCUCUUUCGCGCCUCUCGAGAUCUUCGCCCUGACGGGUUUCGCUUCGCGAAGCGGUGUUGCUUCUCGGCUUUUUCUCCACGUCUUUCUUCUACCCUCGACGAGCGAUGGCUCGCGUUCGCCGACACGUCAAAGAUGGAGGGAAUGAAAAGUUUCGAAGUACGAAAGGACAUCAAAAAUAUUCCAUUCCAAGUUAUCCCCAAUUCGGAUCCCACGAGCCGAGCUCGACUACUACUGCUAAGUAGUCGAGCUCGAGCUUAUGCGAGACAAGCCGGCUUUCGGAGAAACGUCGGGAUUCUGCUCACCUGCGUCCGACACCUCGUAUAAACACCGGCUAUAUCCUGUCCAGUCGUCAAAGGCAUUAAAUCUUGAAAAAGUACGUAAAUACGAAAAAGAGAGGCAUGCUCGCUGCACGUCAGUUCGACUACUUCGCGGACGAACAUUCAUACGAGAGGAAAACAAGAUUUUUCAAUAGUGCGGCACGAGAUACCUCUUUAGAGUUUUAUCAGCAAUUUUUACCCGUCACCAUGAAUCAAUUAAAGUCUCCCCGCAACAGGGUAGAUUAUAAUCGCCAUUUCAUGCAACUGACAAAUAAGCCUCGAAAGCAAGAAGACCAGCACUUCACGCCCAAAAGACUUAGUAACGUGAGAAAAGCUCGAUCGUUUUCAAGUCCCAGCCCGGAGAGGUUCAUGAGGCACUUUUCUCCGGGGAAACUUUCGCAGCAGCAUCCAAAUAGCAAUUUGUCAAGCCAGUCGAUUUUCAAUCAAGCAGAUUCCUCAUUUCUAUAUCAACCAAGGCUAUAUAAUCAAAGCAUGGUCGUCGGUUCGCUAGGUUCUACAGGUGACAGUCGACCAGGCUCUUCGGAUGACAGUCUAGCGAACCGAUCUUCGCCGAUUCGCCAGCUGGAUACCAGUUCACCAGACGAUUUCGGGUACUUUCGAAUGUUUGAGGAUGCUAGUAUACCAGACGUCUCCGGUCUGAGCUUUUCGAGCGCCCCUAAUUCAAGCGAGAACUGCCAAGCGGAUUGCGAGACGUUCGAAGAUCUCAACAUGAAUUUUCUCAAGUUCGAUUUGCUGGACAUAAACGACAACUAUUCCAUACGACAGCCAUCUGAGCAGUUGAUCCACAAUUCGAAUGUCCAGAGCGAUAUGUCCAGCGUGCCACUGAUGACGUUGGCAACGAAAGAGUUAGAAAUAACGCAGGAUAUGGGACAAGAUAGCUACUCCGAACAAAAAUCACCAGAGCAACAAAUCCAUAGUCCGAACCUUCAGAGAGAUGAGCCAUUGAUGCCGUUGAUGCCGAAGACAUUUGAGAUUGUGAAUGAGAUGGAGAAGGAUGACGAUGCCGGAAAUAUCCAGAGAGACGUGUCUAGCGUACCGCUGAUGGAGAACGAGCUAGAACUGGCAAAGGAGACAGAGAUAGCGACAGAGAUUGAGAAUAAUCAAUCGCUCGACCAUUCAUCGAACGAUACAUUGCCGUACCAUUGCGGUAAACAUCCAUACACUCAGCUGCUUUACUGUCAAACCUGCUGCAAGUCGGUUUGCAAAGAGUGCGCCGUUCAUUGCACUUGUAAACAUGUGACGGUUGAUCUCGUAGAGUUCACUGAGACCGCUCAACGUCAAGCUGAAGACGUAUUAAUGGAAGCCUAUCUUGGGAUAGACGUUCUUGCUGAUGAUAUGGAAAAUAUGGGGUUGGAUAUUGCAGCGUUAGAUCAGAGAACCAGGGAGGCGCUUAGCGAUGUGAAGUUCUUCUCACGUAGAAUGUGGUCUGCCGUAGAAGAGAGGGAGAAGAAAUUAUUUAAGCAAAUUGUGGAGGCGCGACGAUGGAAGUUCGAGGUUCUUCACGAAAGAUAUAUGCAUUUGAAAGAGGAUAAGAGUCGGCUGGCGCAUGCCGUAAGCGCCCUUAAAUACGCCAUCUACGACGCGCGAUUUCCCAAUCUCGCGUGUAAUCCCGACGAUCUUUUGAAAAGGAAAGACAUGGUGUUGGCUGAGAUCUGGCAGAUUCGUCAGAAUCGGAAGAUGAAGUCCCGGUCUACUCGAGAAGAGAAUUGGAUCUCGUUCAAGAGUUCCGACAGCAAUGUAUUGGCCGUGAUCGCCAACGGCGGAAACGUCUUGCUGAACAGUCCGGGCACGAUCGGAGAUCGUCUACCAUCGAAUCGCGAUUAUAGAUUAUCGCAAUACUUUCCGUACGGACUCAACGAGCAAAUGAUGCAACCGAUACCGCGCGGUCGCCCAAUAGCGAAUUAUGAGCGCAACAUCGUUCUUCCGAAUAGAAAAGCCGACUUGCAGAUCAAGAGCACGGAUGUCCAGAUCAUCGGCCACUUUGGUGAAAACAAUGCCGAAAACCUCUGUCGCCCGUGGGGAUUAACCUGCGAUAAUGAGGGUAACAUCAUAGUGAGCGAUAGAUCAAAUAAUCGCAUACAGAUUUAUCGCGACGACGGCACGCUUGUCAGGAAGUUCGGAAGCUACGGCAAUGGUCCUUGCCAAUUUAAUCGUCCAGCAGGAAUCGCCGUCGACGCCCGACGUCGCCUCAUCGUCGUCGACAAGGAUAACCAUCGCAUCCAGAUCUUAACGAUGGAAGGUGAGUUCCUGAGGUCCUUUGGCGAGCAUGGCGAAAAACAAGGCCAGUUUUGUUAUCCGUGGGACGUGGCGGUAAACACUGCUUGCGAAAUCGCGGUCACAGACACCAGAAAUCACCGCGUCCAGUUGUUUAGCGCCGAGGGUAUUCCGCUGCGUAUGUUUGGCGGUCAACAACAUCUGCUCAGGUAUUUGGAUUCGCCGCGCGGCAUCUGUUUCAAUCAGGAGGGCAAGCUCAUCGUCACGGAUUUCAACAAUCAUCAUUUAUUAAUAAUCGAGCAUAAUAUGACGGAUAUGCGUAUACUUAAGUGCGAGAAAGAGUUAAAGGGCAAGAAGCAGGACGGCAGCGGAGAAAACGACGGGCAAAACGACGAAAACGCACCUACGUUUCAGAGACCGCAGGGCGUAAUAGUGGCCGACGACGGUAGCAUCCUCGUUGCGGACUCUCGCCAUAAUUCGAUCAAGGCGUUCAACUCGGUCGGCUCAUUAAUCUAUUCGUACAAGCCGGGUCAAGACGAAAUGGAUCGUCCGCUCGGCAUAGCCCUUUACUGGGAUGGUAGAAUGGCGUUCACGGAUUACGGCCGUAAUUACGUGCGCUUAGUAAGACUGGAACAUCAUGUGGAUCCGGUCUCGAGGAAUGCUAUUAUGUUCGGUUGAUAUCCUAGGAUAUCAAAUGCAUUAUCCUGGUGAAUCAAUCGAGAUGCAGACAAGAAGAACGAGAUUCUUGUUUGCAAAACGUACGAACGGCAUCAAUUGCCGCAACUUUUACAAUAGCAACGCGUGGCGAGAUUUUUAAUUAUCUACUUUCUGCCACCAGUAAAUUGCUGUAGGAUAUAAUGUUUGAAAAUUUAAUGUUUUGUUAAAAACGCGAAAAAUUAUGACAAAAAUAUUUUCAGCGGUGAAAAUAACAAAUAAGUAAUAAACGUGAGAGAGAUGAAAGUUAUGCAUGCUCAACGCCGUUUUGCGUUUUCUCGAUAAAUAUAUAUAUUACACACAUCUCCAAUCGAUUUUCGAAAUUAAAAGUUUAUUUUGUAUUUAUUUUCCUUUUUUAUCUU